AUGCUCAAGGUUAGAAGCUCAGAUGCUUUCAUAAUCGGGACUGUGUCUUUGGCCGUCUUUACAGACAUGUUUCUGUACGGCGUCAUUGUACCCGUCAUCCCAUUCGCAAUACGUUCGCGUAGUCAUAUUGAGGAGGACCAAGUUCAAUACUGGGUCUCGGUGCUGGUUGCUGUAUAUGGCGCCGCUCUUCUUGCAUUCUCGCCCAUAUGCGGAUGGCUUGCGGACCGCGGAUCGACGCGUCGCUUUCCGCUUCUUCUGGGCUUGUUCGUUCUCCUAGGAGCUACAAUCCUGCUGAACCUUGGCAAAUCGAUUGGGGCUUUGAUUGUCGGAAGGCUCCUGCAGGGGGCUUCGGCAGCUGUGGUAUGGGUUGUUGGUCUGGCCCUGUUGGCUGAUACGGUGCCCCAGGAACGACUCGCAACUGCUGCUGGGUGGCUGACCAUAGGCAUGUCGAUUGGAAUGCUCAUAUCGCCUCUACUCGGUGGCAUAGUCUACGACAAGGCUGGUUACAAUGCCGUCUUCGGCAUGUGCUAUGCAUUAGUCGGCUUGGAUGUGAUUCUCAGACUGUUGCUCGUGGAGAAGAAGGUGGCUGCGAGAUGGGACGCAACAGUCAUGGGACGCUCAUCUGGCGAGGGAGACGCAUCCUCAGAGGAUAAAGAACUAGGCUCCAUCGCCAUCGCAAGUCGAAGCGACAGCUUAGGUCUCACCAGGACGGCAACUCAGCAAGACGCGGAGUCUGCUGAAGCGCACCAAGAAAGUCCGCCUCGGGGAUUUCAGACGUAUGAAAGGAACGGCCGAAUCAACGUCGUCGAAAACGGGGCGAGGUCUAAAGCACAAACAUGGUAA